CCGAACAUCCGGCAAGUCGACCCGGCCCGGCUUCAGCCCGCUCGGUUCCGAUCUGCUCCACCCAAGUCUGUCAAAACCCUAAACCUCUCGCGCGCAGACGAAGAGGAGUCCGCCAUUUCCCAAUUUGCCACGGGACGAACGGUUUGGCUGAUUUCAACCCUGCGAAGCUGUAGAUUCCUUAGCGAAGGCUCAACGUUAAUGGCGUCUGCUUGCAACAGAGCGAUGCAGAGAGCUUCAACGUCCCUCGGACCGGCCCUCAGAUCGAGCGUCCGUACUUCUCCCCAACUCGGAUCUGCCUCCUCUCGACUUCCUCUCCCUACCCGGUCGACUUCCUCUCCGCUCCGCUGUUUCUUCUCUUCCAGAUUGCCGGCGGAGCUUGCGUGCGUGCAGUCGCUGUUGCCGCUGCAUAGCGCGGUGUCGGCAGCGCGGUUGACGUCUUGCUUGAGCACGACGUCUAGGAGUUGCCGAGCGCUCUCCCAGGUGCUCGGUCUAUCAGUUCCAAGGUGACCUCUGCUUGAAGAAGAGACUUGUCAUUGGAAAAGAAAGAAGGAUGCAAUUUCCACUUCUGCGAUUUUCUGAUACAGUUGCUAUAGUUUCAUGGGGUUUUCGGCAUGUAAAAGUAGAAAUUACAGUAUCGGAGUGACCAUGGACUUUUGAAAUCCCUCUUAAGCAUGUCAGAUGAGAUUCAGUACUGUUUUUUGAGAGAUGAGAUUCAAUACUUAACUAUCGUUUUAUUGCACAAACAAGAAUGGUGUGAUAGGAUCUUCAUUAGCUUGAGGUUCUCGAAUUGUCACUUUACAUAAAAAUUUAUGUCAUAAUUUUGCAUAUUUUGUUGAGUUUGCUCCAUUUACACUUCCAGUCUUAGCUUAU